AUGGCAACGCAAGCGCACUGCGCUUACUGCUUCGAAAUCCUCGCUGCCAGCUUUGACCGCCGCCAACCACUUUCUCUGCCACAAGUCGAAGACCUCUGGGACCGGUAUCACGCGAGCAGCGAGAAUGCGGCGAGCAGUAGUUCCAGCUUGCCAUCGAGUGGGAGUUCAAAUAAGAGUAAGACGGAGCCGAGUUCUGGAACGGCGACGCCGGCUUCGAGUAUGAGUUCGCGAUCGAGUCUGUUCUCGUCCAUCAGGCGGCGUGGAAAUUCCGAGGCUGAGCAUCCCUUAUUUGUGACGUGGAAUACCCUGAGCAGGAGUGGGCACAAGAGUCUGAGGGGUUGUAUUGGCACAUUCGAGCCCCAAGAGCUGGAUCAUGGCUUGAGAAGUUAUGCGCUGACGAGUGCCUUCGAAGACGUACGCUUCCAACCUAUCCCCUCAUCUCUACUUCCCUCUCUCUCCAACCAUGUCACCCUCCUUACCAACUUCUCCUCGCCGAGUAAAGAUCCCCUAGACUGGGAACUCGGCAAGCACGGUCUACGCAUCUCGUUCACGCACCACGGUCGGCGAUAUGGUGCCACAUAUUUGCCCGAUGUCGCGAAAGAGCAAGGUUGGACGAAGGACGAGACUUUGAUCAGUCUGAUGAGAAAGGCGGGCUGGAGUGGCAGCAGCUCACAGUGGCAGAAAGUUUGGCGCGAUGGUAGAGGAGAGUUGGUCACGUACGAAGGAAAGCCAGCAGGAUUGGCUUAUGCCGAAUGGAAAGAGUGGAGAGAUUGGGUAGAUCAGCAGGACAUCAAGGAAAAGGCACUGAAGUAG